AUGCAGGUCGAUAUGCAGCUUUCCGAGCCCGAGCAUGGUCGAGGCCAGACAUUCAGCAUUGGGACAUACCAGAUGGAAAGGUGGACACGGCCAAGCCGAUACGGUGGGACAGCAGAAUAUAUGACGUACGACAGACGAUGCGGCAUGCAACGUACAAGCAACUCACAAGCGUGGAGUUUGGCAUAUGCACGCAUCCGUCUGCUGGGACGGGCGGGAAUGAGUCUUGUGCACAAGUGGCCAUCGGAAUGCAACGACUACGAACCCGACGGGGAAUAA